AUGGACUGCUUUGCUGAUACAAUGAUCAAGAAUGAAAAAAAUAAAACUUCAUACGAUAUUCAAUGCAAAACCAAAAUAUUCAGUAUACAGAAGAACUCACCAGAAGUUCCAAAUCAAAGUGAACUGUAUGGUGAAGACUCGCAUUCAUUAGAUCUUACCACAAACUAUAUAUAUUGUACUGAACAACAAAAUUCACUCAAUGAUACAGACACUAAUCUCCUGCUACCUGAACAACAAAAAUCUACGAAAGAUGCAAAUUAUAAUACUAUGUUUGACGAAAAACAGAUUUUAUUCAAUAAGAAAAAACGCAAUAUCAUUCUACCUCGAGAAAAGAAGUUAUUGAUUGGUACAAAUAACAAGCUGACGCCAGGUGAAGAACCAAAUUCACUACAUGACGCAACUAAGAAUAAUACGCAUGACGAAAAAGAAAAUAUUUUCAAUAAUGAAAAACAUAAUUCGAUAUUAGCUGGAGAAGAAAAGUUGCCGAAUGGUAAAAAUAAAACAAUUAUAAUCAGUCGAUAUCAAAAUUUAUUCCAUGAUACAAAUAACAAUUUAAUCUCAAGUCAAGAACAAAAUUUAUUGAACGAGGCAAAUGAUAAAAGUAUGCAUGACGAACAACAAAGUUUAUUCAAUAAUACGGAAAACGAUUCAACGGCAGCUGGUAAAGAAAAAUCAUCGAAUCAUACAAAUAAAACGACUAUAAUCAGUCAACAACAAAUUACAUUCAAUGAUAUAAAAAACAAUUUAUUGUCUGGUGAAGAACGAAAUUCAUUGAAUGAUACAAAUGAUAGUAGUGUGUAUGGCCAACAAAAACAUUUAUCUAAUAAUACAGAAAACAAAUCAAUAUCAGCUAGAGAAGAAAGAUUAUUGAAGGAUACAUAUAAUAGAAAUAUAUCCAGUCAACAACGAAAUCCAUCAACUGGUGCAAAUGACAACUUUAUGUUCAAUCGACAGGAAAAUGUAUUGAAUGAUAGAAUGAAACGUUCUACUAAUGGCGGAAAAGAAUUUUACACAGCACUUCGGGAUAAUUCUCAUCAUUUGAAGCCCGUUGUUGGAUUGUCUUAUGCUUCUUUCAACGUUAUAGAUGCCGAUUUCUCUAUUCUAUUAACAUCAACUUGGUUUUUUCAAACAUCUCAUACAUUAAUUACAAAUCCAAAUCCUAUAUUACAUUGGUGUUAA